CUUUCAGCCCUGAGAGGAUCAUUAUCUGGUUCGCGAAUUCGUUAGGUUCAAAUACCGAACGUGGAACAAACUUUUGACUCUUCGAAGCGAACCUUGCUCUCCACAAACCUCUUGCAUAGACAUAGAACCAUGUUUGUCAAAUCAUUGGCAAUCGUCGCCGUCGCGGCGGUCGCGGCGGCGGUACCGACGACAGCUCCGUCAUACCAGAACAAGAACGGCACCAAGUCGACGCGCCCCAAGGUCAUCCUCGACAAUGACUGGGGCACCACGGGCUUCAUCCCCAUCCUGCAAGCUCUCAAGGCCAACUGGGAUGUCGUCGGGGUCGUGUCGGACACCGCGAACUCGUGGGCGUUGCAAUGCGGGCUCCACGCGUUGGCCACGCUCGAGAUAGGCAACCUGAGCUGCAUCCCGGUGUACAAGGGCAGCGACUAUCCCAUCCUGAACACCCCCGAGCUGUUCCAGACCUGGGAGCUGGUGCACGGCGAGCUGCCGUGGCAAGGCGCCUUCGCCCCAGAGAACCUCACCAACGAGGCGCUCGGCAACGACCCGACCAGCGGCGACCCGAACCGCAUCUCCAAGGCGGCCCUCUACGAAGGCUACCCCAACACGACCUUCGCGUCGAACACGCUGUCGGGCGCGGAGUUCAUGGUGCAGCAGGUGCGCAAGUACCCCGGCGAGAUCACCAUCUACAGCGCGGGCGCGCUCACCAACAUCGCGCUGGCCGUGCGGCUCGACCCGACGUUCGCGCGGAACACGCGCGGCCUGAUCAUCAUGGGCGGCUACCUCGACGUGAACCUGCUGAUGACGACGGGCAGCGUGCUGCUGGCGGACCUGCAGAGCGACAUCAACCUGAUCAUCGACCCGGAGGGCAGCAAGAUCGCGCUGGGGGCCGACUUCCCCAACAUCACGGUCACGGGCAACGCCGCGAACCAGGUGAUGAGCGACCAGGGCUUCCUGGACGAGAUCCACCAGGUGCGGAACGCCUACACGGACCUGGUGCACAAGUACUACGGCACCAUCUUCCCGUUCUGGGACGAGACGGCCGCGGCCAUCAUGGUCGACCCCAACAUCGUCACCAACAGCACCGACUUCUACGUCGACGUCGACACCAGCUACGCCUCGCCCAGCUACGGCAACAUCCGCGCCUACCAGAAGGCGCUGGCCCCCAAGGCGCAGACUCUGAGGAAGAUCAAGUAUCCCUUGAGCAUCGACGGCGCCAAGCUGAAGGCGGCGAUCAAGGCGAGUCUGCAGUACCCGCCGCAGAUCUGCCCGAAGAAGGCGUGACGCGGACGAGAUGGGGGUCGGCGGCGGCGAUCCAGUGUGAUGACCCGGCGAUGCGUGUCUCAUGAGACAAUGACGUGCAUGAUACAGGCGUACGUAGGGAUUCAUGUGGGGCAUGAAUCUAGAAAAUAAAUAAAUGCUCAUGAACAUAUUUCUUUUCCCACGUUUCUUCCUUUACCAUCGGAUCGCAAGUGACGAAUUCGUCUCACUUGAGCUAUAACGCGUAUCGUUAUCGUUUCCGAUCAAGCUAUCUGUCACAUUAUGUCAUAACAUUUGCCAGUUCAACUCAUACUUCAAGGUAUAAUGUAAAUAAACCUCCGCUUCCCCUC